AUGUCGAAAUCGAGCACUACUUCGUUUCAUACAUUACCAGUGGAACUUUUUUAUCGAAUCCUCGAUCAUCAAAGUGAAUAUACGAUAGUCUUCUCAAUGCGAAAUAUCUGUCGACGAUUCAACAGAAUUAUCGACUCGUAUGAUCGAUAUCAGACACUCACAGAAAUACAAAUUAAACAUAACUCAAUCGGAGUUGAAGAAGCAAAAACUUUGGGUGAUGUUUUAAGCAAUACAACAAUCAAUAGACUUAACCUUCAAAGCAAUGCAAUUGGAUGUAGAGGAGCACGAUAUCUAGCUGAUGGACUGAAAAACAACACGACACUUACGACGCUGAACCUUGCAUACACACGAAUUGAAGAUCAAGGAGUACAGUAUCUAGCUGAUGGGCUAAAGGAUAACAAAACUCUCCGUGAAUUGAACCUCAAUGAGAAUAAAAUUGGAGACGAAGGAAUACAAUGUCUCGCCAAUGCGUUGAAGAACAAUACAUCGCUCACUAUACUGGGACUCGUAUAUAAUUAUAUUGGGUGUAAAGGAGCGCAGUAUCUAGCCGGUGCAUUAGAAGGCAAUCAAUCACUGACAAUAUUACAACUCGGAUGCAAUAAAAUCGGAUACGAAGGAGCACAAUAUAUAGCUAAUAUGUUGAAGGAAAAUACUACACUUACUGGACUUGAACUUGAGUCGAAUGAAAUCAAAGAUGAAGGAGCACGAUUCCUGGCUGAUGCAUUGAAAACCAAUACGACGCUUACAGCGCUUAAUCUGCGUGGAAAUAUAAUUACAGACAUAGGAACACAACAUUUAGCGGAUGUAUUGAAAAACAGCAUGACAAUCAUGAAGUUUAAUCUUGGUGCCAAUCGAAUUAAAGUUCGAGGGGCUCAGUAUUUGGCUGAUUUAUUAUCGAAGAAUACAACGCUUAUUGAACUCGAAAUCUGGGGAAAUGAAAUCGGCAAUGACGGUGUACAAUAUAUAGCUGAUACGUUAUCGAACAAUAGGACACUCACUCACCUAGAUCUGGGACGUAAUAGUAUUGGAGAACAAGGAUUACUAUCUCUGGCACCUGCACUACAGAGCAAUACAACUCUUAUCGAACUCAACUUACGACAAAAUUGUACUACAACCCAAGGUGAACAGUAUUUCAUGGACACAUUGGGGAACAAUAGGACGCUGAAGGCUUUGUGGCUGCAAUAUCACCUUUAUCGACCGAAUUUACACUGA